GAUUCAUUCUAUCUCUUUGCUCCACUUUACAGACACCUAAGAUCAACCAUGGCAUUCGGUGGACUCCUGAGUGAGGCUGACAUUUCUGCUGCUCUGAAUGACUGCCAAGCUGCUGAAUCCUUCAACUACAAAGCCUUUUUUGCUAAGUCUGGUCUGAGCAGCAAGUCCGCUGAAGAUGUGAGAAACGUCUUUGCCAUCCUCGACCAGGACAGGAGUGGCUUCAUUGAGGAAGAUGAACUGAAGCUGUUCCUCCAGAACUUCAGCGCCAGUGCCAGGGCUUUAACUGAUGCUGAAACCAAGGCCUUUCUGUCAGCUGGAGACUCUGAUGGUGAUGGCAAAAUUGGAGUUGAUGAAUUCCAGUUAUUGGUGAAACAGUAAACUCUUGAAAUUCUUCUUAAUGAACUUUCUCAAACAUCAAGUUCCAUAAUUGUGGCUUUUCUUAGUUAAAUUGACGUAAGUGAAAACUAGAAUAGUGGAACAAGGAUACCUGUUCUGAUAUUUUCAUACUGCGGAAAUAUUCGGAGUUUCUUAUCUGCAAGCAGAAUCCAAGGCAUUUACCAUGCAAAGAAGAAAGGUUUUGUUUUGUUCAGUAAAGAAGCCAACAAUGGGUGCCAUGAACAGCAGUUUAUCGUCUAAUUAGCCCAGUCAAUUUAUGUAUUAUCAUUAUUUUUUAUAUUGACACAACAUUGACUUUAGAUCUACAAAUGUUUCAUUUUUGUUUUGAUGUCUUAUGGGUUGAGACAGCAAGCAUAAAAUAACGCAAUGCUAUAAAUAAAGAUAUUUUGAAAUCGG